CCGUACGCGUGGCAAGGUCAACGCCAAGAAGGUGCGAAACUGCACCGAUACGUCGUGGAAUGCGACCGGACGGUGUACAGGCGCAUCGAAGGUUUCUGCCGAACGGAUAAGAGCGACCGCGGACAGCUAGAUAGACGAGUUACCAAAUGUUUCCCCCAGCUAUUGGAAGUCAUUGGAGAGAGGAGCUCAGGAGGUCGGCUAAUUCGUUGCUCGACAACUCCACCGCGGUACGUGGUCGGGUCGCAAGGGAUCUCACCUCCACCCAGGUGAAGACCGUUGACUUCAGAACUGGAACUAGCUAAUUGCACGCGUCGUGAGCUCGCCGCCGGCUGGAUGCAUGGCACUACCUGUCAUGACCUUCGCUGCACCUCACAUCUGUACUUCGCGACACUGUUAAAGGUCACUCAACUGGCAUCGAACUUCGCCGCGGAGUGGUCGGCGCUGAAGAGUUGAUCUGGAUCUGUGGCACAAUCUCUGCACAGCGGUCAGCACGGUUUGCCUUGAAGUUAUCCAUGCGUCCUCUUGUUGUUUAUUUCCAUUUUCUGCUGAGGACAUGGCAAGACGCAAAUUGUUUUUUUUUUUGUUUUCGUCUCAAUCGUCUUCUUCGGUGCGUUUCCUUGUCGUGUUUCUUCGCCGCCGAUCGGCUAACCACAUCACUAUAAAUGAACCGCGCUCAACAUCUGGAUCUCAUUUCUGGAUGUUUCUGGGAGGGUUUUGUUUUUUUUUGUGUUGUGUCUCUUCUUGGAGCCCACGGCUCAAAAGUACGUCACGCAAAAGACUCUGCUCUCGUGACAUCACUGUGGGGCUGUGGGAAGAAGUUUUGCCUGCGGUUCUUCUCGCUGUACUUUCGGUACCGAUAGUGAGGGCAAAGCAAGCAAAGCUUUGAUGCUCGUUGGCGAUGAUGAUUGCAAAUUCUUGCUUGCUGGACAAAAACUCGUUUCGUUGGUGUUGAAGUGUUCCUUCCUGUCCCGGCACCCGGCGACGACCGGGCGACGGAGAUCGCGUAUCGCGGCAUAGACAAGUGGCCUCCAUGUUCUUGGUCGCCUUAGGGAGCUGUGUGCCCUCGUACACCGGAUCUCAGGGGUCGACGGAUCCAUCUGCUGUGUCCUCUCCCACCAGUUUUUGACUUUGCAAAAAAAAAAGGGCGAGGUGGGGCAGGCAGCAGGAAGGCCACAUACACACACUAUCCAGCAAGAUGGAGGAUGGAGGCUCGCGCGUUCUGCGGCCAACGCCACUUUAAAACAGCACCGGUACGCCCGGACAAGCUUCAGUGUGCAGCUAGCAGCACAACGGUACGGGGGCACAGACUCUCUUCGGCGGGCUUUUCAGCAAGCAUUAUCCGGCUUGGGAAAAACAGCGAAACGCGUGGGAAGGUUCAAGUCUUUGAAGUGUCGGCGAGCACGGCAAUAGUGAGCGCAUAGUAACUGCGUGUCCGGAUUGCCACUCCCCCCUGUUCACGGAGCUCAUUCAGGCAAACAAACAAAAAAGUGUCAAAGUGUUUGAAAAGCCAUUCUAGGCAACGGUGCAACCGGAGUGUGGUCUCGGUUCCAAUCGCACAGCAAAACCUAACCUAUAUCAGAAAACCGCCUGAUAACCAAGGCGGAUCAACAGAAAGCCCGGCUGAUAAGACGCCCUGGUUCAGUUCUCGCCCAGUAAGUGUGUGUGUGUGUGUUGGUGUGGUGCGUGGCGAAGGUUCAUCAGGUCCACCUUCUAAUCACACACCAGUGCCCUGUAUACAUACUGCUGUGCGUGCGUGUUUGUGUGUUAGACAGUGAUAGCGCAUCGACCGUUUGAUACCGAAAUCGAACCCACGAAAGGCACACUUUAAUCGGGAAACCUUCGACGAAAUCCCAAUAAACACGGCUGUGUCACGACCGUCAGCCCUCAGUUGAACUCUGAACCUGUUACGAUACGGUGCUCCCGGCCAGUGCGGUCGAUCUGGUCCAACGCUCACUCAAUUUCCGGCGUGGCUCAGGCCUCAGUAGCGUGAGAAGCCCCAAUUCGAUCUCCAUCAAACGGUGCCUGCGUGUAGUGUCGUCACUCAACCGGAGCCAUAGCAUCCCGCAACAAUGCCUCAACAAGACCAAAACGCAACACCGAAUGCCGGCGUGAAGAUGUAUAAUCUGGUGAUCCUCAUCAUCGACAUUGUCGCCAUGUUGGUACGAUGGAUCUUUCACACGCUGGAAUCGUUCUACCGGUUGGUGGUGCCACCGGCUGCCGACACCGUGCACAACGAUAUCGUGCUGAUUACCGGCGCCGGCCACGGCAUGGGACGCUGUAUGGCGCUGCAGUACGCCCAGCUCGGUGCGACCGUCGUCUGUGUGGACAUCAAUGAGAAGAUGAACGCGGACACAGUCGCCACCAUCCGGCAGCAGCGUGGUAACGCAUUCGGUUACAUCUGUGACGUCACAAAUCGUCAGCAGAUCAUCGAGACAGCGAAGCAGAUCCAGCAGGAGGUGGGCACCGUUACGAUACUGGUGAACAAUGCUGGCAUCAUGCCGACUCAUCCACUGCUGCAGCAGACAGAGACAGAGAUACGCAAAACGUUCGAAAUUAACGUUAUGGCACACUUCUGGCUCCUGCAAAGCUAUCUACCCGGCAUGCUGGAGAAGAAUCGUGGCUACAUAGUGGCGAUGUCGUCCGUGGCCGGAUUGUGCGGACUGAACAACCUGGUCCCGUACUGUGGCAGCAAGUUUGCGGUCCGCGGCAUUAUGGAGGCACUGGCCGAAGAGUUGCGGCAGGACGCGCGUAAACCAAACAUCAAGUUCACCACCGUCUACCCGUACAUGGUCGAUACGGGGCUGUGCAAGCGGCCCCACAUGCGCUUCCCGAACAUGAUGCGCCUGGUAAAGCCGGAGGAGGCGGCCGCCGCCAUUAUUGAUGGGCAGCGGCGCGGUCUGGUGGACGUCUCGAUUCCCAAGUACCUGCUGUACCUGAACACCAUCAUACGGGUGUUCCCACUGAAGGUGGGUACGCUGCUGCGCGACUUCCUGGACAGUGGUGUCGAGUCGGAUCUCUAGGAGCGAACCUUCUAGCGCACCACAGACUCGGUGAUUCGGACGUUCGUUCGUUCAGUAGUUUAAGUAAGCAGUUAACGAUCAAGCUGGAUCAAAGCGAAAGCAAAACACACGGACCAACCACAGCCACCGAUGCAGUAGCCAUCCAUACUAGUGACGAACAGUACUGGGAAGUUACGAUUACUCUAAGUGACACAUUGUUGCGAUAGCAUGAAACCAGAGAAAGACUAGUGUAGAUAUCUGUCCACCAAACCUCUCACUCUCUCUCUCUUUGUCAUGUACACCUUAGCGAAAUAUUUUUUAUAACAGGGAUGGAGCAGGAUUAAUCAAAUAAAGUGAAAGGUGUUUUUUUUUAUAUGUUUAAUA